UCCAAUCAAGUCUGCCGACACAAUUAACCCUUUCGGCGUCGGCAGCGACAUGCACUUUCGCUUUCACUUUGCCUCGGUUUGGGCAUAUGAGAUCUACACAGAAACACUCCCUUUCCAGUUCAGUCCUCCGACCAAUUCCUCCGCAAGCUUAGUGUCAAAAAGACUACGUAUGAGAACUUCAUUCGAUAAAGGCCUCGCUUCAAAGGUUUAAAGGAACGCGUUGAGCCAAAAUCUAAAACGAAGUGCCGGCCACUGCGACGCACUCCUCGCUGUUGGAAACCAGCACGGUUCCUACUGUCAGGUGUCCUGAAUUAGUGCGUCGUCGACUACAACAGGUCCAGGGAUUCCCGGGGAUUUCGGCCCUUCGCUUUCGUUAUCUCAUCCCAUCAGGACGUCGUCAUGGCAAGCUAUGCGGAGUUAAAGAAGCGUCGGAGGGAGGACUAUCGCUACAUCCUGAACUAUCGGACGCGAUGGGCCGACAAUGAUAUGUACCAGCACAUGAACAAUAGCGUUUAUAACUUUCUAUACGAUUCGGUUGUCAACACCUACCUGAUUGAGCACUGCAACCUUUCGCCCGCGGGGUCUGAGCAACACGGCGUGGUGGUACACUCGCACAGCGACUACUUUGCUUCCGUCUCCUUCCCCGCGGUUGUCGAGCUGGCCCUACGAGUGAACAAGCUGGGAAGGUCGAGUGCGACAUACGAGAUUGCCCUCUUCGAGAAGGGGAUUGACCAGGUGAAGGCGGUCGGGGAGUUCGUCCACGUCUUUGUAGAGACAUCUACCGGUCGCCCAACCACAUCCGGCAUGGCCGACGAAAUGCGGAGAGGGCUGGAGCGAAUUCUGGUGGCGGAAGCCAGGGAAAACAAGCUCUGAAAUUGAACUCUAUCCUCCACCCCACAGGGCAGCCU